AUGAACAGCUGGAUUCGACCCCAGCUCAUGGACAUGGCCAUCCAGAGUCUGCUGAGAGAUGAGGCCUUUGCCCUACGGGCCCGGAAGGAACUCCCUGUCAAGCUCUUCCCCACUGUCUUCACUGUGGCCUUCAGAGGCGGGCACAGAAAGGUCCUCAGCGCCAUGGUGCAGGCCUGGCCCCUCCCCCAACUCCACCUGGGUCCUCUCCUGGUGGAUCCAAAGUCUUAUCAGGACAGCCUCUGGGCUAUACUAGAUAGCCUGGAUGUGGUAUCCAGACCAGGUAAGGGAGGGAAGUCAAAACUGAAGGUGAUAGGUUUCAGACCAGACGUUGAGCUAAUACAGUCUAGUGACAGCUCUGAGGAGGCAGCUAGCUCCCUGUACUCAGAUGCCACACAUGUGGAACCAGAGGUGACCUUACCUGAGACCAGGUCCAGGCAAAGGAGACACUGGAAGAAGAGGCCUUGUCAGGCCUGGCAACCUUUGGACCUAUAUAUAAACCUCUCCUUGGGCACCUCUCACAGUGGGAACGUAUCUUCCUCUGUCUUGAGGAAGGUGAGGCGUAGCUGCCGGCCCCUUCGACUGUUCUGUAGGAAGUUGCACAUCAAGGACAUGCCAGUCAUUCGGACCAUGGAGAUCCUGAACCUGCUGCAGCUGGAAUUCAUUCAAGAGCUGGAAAUCUGUGGGUGCUCUGGGUUGCCCUCAGGUGACAAUAAAUUUGCCAGACAGGUGGAGCACAUGAAAAACCUGUGCAGUUUCACGCUCGCUCAUCUCAUCUUCGGGACCUCAGCUGCUGAGAGCCAGCUGCCCUCCCAUGCUUUCAUUUCUUUCCUCUCCCACCUGAGCAGGCUGGGACACCUUCGGAUGCUCCACCCGUCCUCCUACCACAUUUCAGGCCACCUGUACUGCCUCCUCAGCUACCUGCCUGCUGCCCUGGAGACCUUGGAGCUACCCUGCUAUACUCUUCUUCACAGAGAUAUCUGCUGUCUGUCCCAGAGUCCUCAGGCUUCACAUCUGAAAAAGUUAGAUUUGAGUAAAAACGACCUUUCUCAGAUAGCUCGAGGAGCGUUAGAGGCUCUUGUUAGGGAGACCUCGGACACCCUGCAGGAACUGGUCCUAGAUCACUGCGGGAUCAGGGAUCUCCACCUCAUGGUGCUCCUGCCAGCCCCAAGUUGCUGCUUCCACCUCCACAGCCUUAGCUUCUCUGGCAACUGGAUCUCAUCCUAUAGCCUAGAGAACCUGCUACAGCUCGUGGCAAAGCUGGCAGAGCUGAAGGUCGUGGUCUGCCCCUACCCUAUCGAGUGCCAUGAAUACAUGGAAAGGAUGCGGUUGUGUAGUAUUGAAUCACAGCAGUUUAUCUCUGUGACAACCAUGGUUCACAACAUGCUGAAAGCCUCAGGGCGGGAGAAUUUGAAGUGGAUCUUUACCCUAAACACCUUUCUCUGA